GUCAUUGUUUACUUUAUAAACACCUACAUCCUAUUGCAACUCCUUUCCAUUUUCUGCAUCUUUCCUGUUCAGAUUUGUGGAUAAAAUAGAAAAAAGCAAAGCUGCAGCUAUGUCAUUUCCUGAUGAUCAAUCCGGUGAUACCUCAUCCCAGCUGAGAAAGUUAGGUAGGGGAAAAAUUGAGAUCAAGCGGAUCGAAAAUACGACCAAUCGUCAGGUUACUUUCUGUAAGCGUCGCAAUGGAUUGCUCAAGAAGGCUUAUGAAUUAUCAGUUCUUUGUGAUGCUGAAGUUGCUCUGAUUGUCUUCUCUAGCCGCGGCCGCCUUUAUGAAUAUGCCAACAAUAGCGUUAAGGGGACUAUCGAGAGGUACAAGAAGGCAAAUUCGGAUGCUCCUAAUACUGCUUCAGUUUCUGAAGCCAAUACUCAGUAUUAUCAGCAAGAGGCCACUAGAUUACGUCGUGAUAUCACAAAAAUACAGCAGGAUAACAGCCACAUGAGAGGCGAAGCCUUAAGCUCUCUGGCAAUGAAAGAUCUGAAAGGCCUGGAAACCAAACUUGAGAAAGGACUUAACAAAAUCCGCUCCAAGAAGAAUGAGCUUUUGUUCUCUGAAGUUGAAUAUAUGCAGAAGAGGGAAAUUGACUUGCAUAACCACAAUCAGUAUCUUCGAGCAAAGAUAGCUGAAAAUGAGAGAGCACAGCAGCAGAUGAACUUGAUGCCAGGGAGUUCUAGCUAUGAUCUUGUUCAGCCUCACGAAUCCUUUGAUGCUCGAAACUUCAUCAAACUCAAUGGGCUUGAACCUACUAAUCAAUAUUCUUGCCAUGACCCAACAGCACUUCAGCUAGUAUAAAUGUACAUAAGAAGUGUUAGCAUGGGGUUUCUACUACUCUGGUUUGUGAAGAACAAGAAGUAUCAGUUACUAGACCAUGUAACCCUUUGAAGACUAAAUAGAAAGUAAUCAACAAUGAGCAUGCAAAGAGUAUGUACUCUGACAAUUAAGUGUUUGAUUUUUGCUUACUGAUAAUGUGUUGAAGAUUAAGACUUUUGUGUGUUUGAUUGUAACUAAGACGACAUGUCUUCAAAACAUAUUAAGCUUAUUUAAGUUAUUA